CAUAGCUGAACCGUUGGCGGUUAGCAGGCUACUUGAAGCGGGACCCUUGAAAAUAAAAACACUUCUACAACCGCUGGGAUACAACAUAAGCUCCAUAAGAGCUUUUACACAGCGUCUAUUUUCAAUAUGAAUUUAUCGUAAGACAUUUUUAAACGCUGUUAAGUUUGCUCUAGCUUUAACUGAUACUCAUUCGGCUUUUGUUUUCGAUUCUCUUUGCCGUUAAAAUAGGACAUAAUGCGUGUUCCCUUCAUUCUUGACCUGAAAACACAAUAUAUUUGUCUAUAAAUGUCUCUUCUCUGAUAAAAAAAGCUACCAGUCUCACUAGUUAACGGUAAAAGGACCUGCAGGACGACACAGUAUGCCUCCCAAAAAGCAACAGCUGAGACCGACAGCAGCCAACGUCUCCAGCUCCCUGGACCUGGAGUCGGAGGAGAUCAGCCUGGAGACCACCGUGCCCACCACCGAGGAUGUCUCCUCUUCUGACGAACAACGAGACGGCUCCCAGAAAGUGACCCGACAGCUGAUCGAGAGGAAAGAGCUGCUGCACAACAUCCAGCUGCUAAAAAUCGAGCUCUCUCAGAAAAACCUCAUAAUCGACAACAUGAAAGCAGACCAUAUGUCAAAGAUUGAGGAGCUGGAGGAGAGGUUAAAUGAUGCUAUACAUCAGAAACAAGUUUUAGCUCUGAGACUAGACAGUCAGCUGAAAGUGGCACAAGAAGAGAACAGGAAGCAGCAGGUUCUACGUAAGCAGGAGAUGGAGACCAUCCUGCUCAGGCAGCAGCAGCUAGAGGAGACCAAUCGACAGCUGUGUGAGAGGGCUGGAGAGCUGCGGAGGUCACUCAGAGAUCUGGACAUCUCUGAGGAAAAAUACCAGGAGCUCAGAGACCUCCCUGAAGACAAGAUGUCCAUACAAGAAUACACAGCUAUGCGUUUCUAUGAGGCGGUGACUCCUUUGAGGUCUCAGCUGGCUGAGCUCAGUGUGAAGAGAGACACGGUGACUGCUGAGCUGGAUACACACAGAACACAGAUGAAGGCUUUACUAGAGAGCUACGAGGAGGAACGAAGGCUGCGUACUGAGCUUGAGCUGAGAAGUCAGAGAUUGACCCUCGAAUUAGCCGAUACUAAACAGCAGAUCCAAGAGGGAGACUAUCGAAGAGAAAAAUACCCAAGCAUCAAAAGAGAGCGCGACAACUUUGAAGCAGAUCUUAAGGAGUUAAAAAGAAGAUUUGAAACACUUGAGCUGUCUCAUACUGCACUGACCAGAGAAAGGAACACUCUUAGUAAAGAGAUGGCGAGUUUGCAGCAGUCAGCGACUCUCCUGCAGAAGGAUAAGGAGUACUUACAUAGGCAGAACAUGGAGCUCAGUGUCCGCUGUGCACAUGAAGAAGACCACCUGGAGAGGCUGCAGGUACAAUUAGAAGACACUAAGAAAGCAAGGGAGGAUGCCUAUGAAAAAUACAUAGCAUCCAGAGACCACUACAAGUCAGAGUAUGAGACAAAGUUGAGAGAAGAAUUGGAGAACAUUCGACUGAAAACAAGUCAGGAGAUAGACAACCUGCAGAGGACGUCCAGGGAGAUGUAUGAGAGGGAGAACAGGAAUCUGCGGGAGGCCAGAGACAACGCAGUGCUGGAGAAGGACAGAGCCGUGGCUGCUGAGCGAGACACUCAGUCCAGAUAUGACCAGCUGCUGGAGCAGUUUCGUCAGCUCCAGCUGGGGACUGACAGUCGGGUAGCAGAACUGUCCAACCAGGCCAAGCUGCACUCGUUCGAAGCCGAGCGUGCUCAGAUGAUCAAGGAUGAGACAGGGAAGGCCCUGGCUCAGUGCCAGGUUGAGUGUGAGAAACAGCAGAAGAAACUUGAGCUCCUGACCCAGGAGUUUUACAGGCUGCAGACGUCAUCAGAGAAGCGAGUGACGGAGCUUCAAGCUCAGAAUGCAGAGCAGGUGGCUCGGCUUCAGACGUAUGAAAAGCUUGAACAGGAGUUAGAUCAAGUCACCAUGCAGGCUGCUGAAAUUGAAAAUGAAGAUGAGGCAGAAAGAGUUUUGUUUUCAUAUGGAUAUGGAGCCAAUGUUCCAACAACAGCAAAGAGAAGACUAAAACAGAGCGUUCACCUGGCCCGCAGGGUGUUGCAGCUCGAGAGGGAGAACACAUCACUGAGGAGAGAGCUGGACACACACAAGUCACAGACAGGACAGAUAUCUGAAGAGUUGUUGGCAGCCAACCAGCUGUUACAGCAGACACAGCAGCCUUACAGCUACCUGAUAGAGACGGUGAGACAAAAAGACACUCAGAUCAGCUCGCUGAAGGAGCAUGUUGCCUCUCUUGAGGACAACGUCAGUUCUCUGAGAAAAGAACGAGCCACUCUGCAGCAGGUGAAAAACAACAUGGCUGCAGAUUUGGAGAGGCUACUCAACCAUCGAGAGGAGUUGGCCGUGAUGAAACAAGUCCUGAUCAGCAUGAAGUCCAGACAGGGGGAUGCUGUAAAUCUGUUGGAAUCAGAUAAAACUGCUAUCAGGACUUCUGGGGCAGGAAAACAGCAAUCUAAGCGAAUCAUAGAGGAAGAGUCUCCAAGCAAACCCAAACCCACUGUGUUUACAAAAAAAGAAGCUCCUGAUUGGUACCGAAAACAGAAACCCAAAUGAAAAUUUGAAACUACUGGUGCUUUUAAAUGUCACUCAGGGCUUUAGCAAUAAUGUUUAUCCAUUUUUUCUUGUAUAUUUGACUUGUGAAUGGCACAUCUUUUUAACAUUUAA